UUUGUUUUCAUUUUGAGUUUUGAGAUAUUUUGUGUGUGUCUGUAUAUAUUGAAACUGCUAAUGGAUAGAACUUCCUAAUCAUUGUAUGUAUGUUGACGAAUUUGCUUAUUCUGUACAUUUGAAAACAAAGGAUUUUAAUCUCUUUAUUGCUACAUUUCCUAAAUUCAUCGUUCCAAAUUACAAAAUUCAGAAAGUUGCAAAAUUUUGCAGUUAGCUUAUUUCAGUCAAUCAGCCGCUUCAGAUUAUUUUUUUUUUAAAUCAUGGAAGAAAGAUUGAAGAAAAAAAUAGCCCGUAAGACAAAGCAUUGUGAAGACAUUCUUUAUAAGCAUCGAGGUAUUCAGACUUCAAAAGAAGCUACAAAUAGCCUUUUUAUUGGUAAUGGUGGAUUAGGCUGUGGACUUGAUAGAGUAUUUUUGAUGGAUAUAUUCAAGCCAUAUGGAUGUAUAGAAAACAUUGUCCUACUUCCUGGAGAACCAUAUGCCUUUCUGAUUUUUAGUCAUGCCAAAGAAGCAGAAAAUGUUUUUAAUAGCUUAAAUGGGAAAAAAUUACAAACUGGGCAUAUUUUCUAUAUGUCUUACAUAUCCAAUACAGAUGUCCCUUUACUAAACUGUACAGAAAAUUCAAUGCCACCAGGGCUUGUGAUAAUAGAAAAUUUUAUAAAUGAAGAAGAAGAGAAAGCUCUUCUUGCAGCCAUAACUUUUGAAGAUGUUUCAGAGAAAGCUGUUUUAAAGCAUAGAAAAGUAAAACAUUAUGGUUAUGAAUUUAUAUAUGGAAGCAAUAAUGUGGAUAAAAAUAGAUGUUUGGAUGAAAAAGUCCCUGACAUUUGUAUUCCAUAUUUAGAGAAAAUUGUUGCAUUAGGUUAUUUACCGAGAAUUCCUGACCAAUUAACUGUAAAUCAUUACCUUCCUGGUCAAGGUAUACCACCACAUAUUGAUACUCAUUCUGCCUUUGAGGAUGGAAUUGUAUCUAUAAGUUUAUGUUCACAGGUGGUUAUGGAUUUUUAUGGACCUGAUAAAAGAAGUAUCCCAGUUCUACUUCCUAGAAGAAGUGCCCUUAUAAUGUUAGGAGAAAGUCGCUAUCAAUGGAAACAUGGUAUAACUCCAAGAAAAACAGAUGUCAUUCCUUCAGAUGAUGGUGAAAAAUGCUCACUCACUCUCUGUGCGCGAACUACUCGAGUGUCACUCACUUUUAGACUCAUCAGGGAAGGAGCUUGUCAUUGUGGAUUUCCAGAACAAUGCGAUUCUGAAAAAGCGAAUAUGUCAGAUCUUAAAGAUGUUGUAAAUGAUGAAAAGGCCCAAGAAUUAGAAAAUAAAUAUGUAAAUGAGGUGUAUGAAGUGAUUGCUAAUCAUUUUAGUAACACAAGGUACAAACCAUGGCCUAAAGUUGCUUCUUUUUUGAAAGAUAUUCCCCCUGGCCGUGUUGUAUUAGAUGUUGGAUGUGGAAAUGGAAAAAAUUUGAAACUCACUUCAGGAUGUUUUGAAAUAGGAUGUGAUGCUUCCUACAACUUAAUUCAGCUUUGCUCCAAGAGAAAUGUCGAAGCUGUAGUAGCAGAUUGUUUGGCAUUGCCAUUCAGGAGUGAAUCAAUUGAUUUUGUGAUUUGCAUUGCUGUGAUACAUCAUAUGUCAACUGAAGCAAGAAGACUGAAAGCCAUUGAAGAAAUUCUGCGAGUUUUGACUCCAAAAGGAAAAGCUUUGAUAUAUGUUUGGGCCUUUGAACAGGGUAUUUCAAAAUACAUUAAGCAACAGUCAGAAAUGAGCAAUGAUAUUUCACAAAAAGAUACUGAGUCAAUCAAAGUUUGUGACUCAGCUUGUUUACCUGUCCAUAAAAAUAGGACUGGGUUUAGACAACAAGAUAUCCUAGUUCCAUGGACUAAAGUAUCGAAGGAUUCACAAAAUAAUCAAAAAGUUCAUAGAUAUUACCACGUAUUUAAGCAAGGAGAACUAGAAUCUCUUGUUUUGAAAUGUGGUGGGAAAAUUGUAUCUUCCUAUCAUGAUGAAGGAAAUUGGUGUACAGUUGUUGAGAAAUAAAUUUAUUUUAUCAUAGUAUAA